UACCAUCCACUAGAUAGGAGCUUGACCACCACACAAUUCACUCAUCACCUUCGGACCUCCAUCGAGAGCUAUCAAUAUGGGUCUUAGCGUUUCCCGACUGCUGAGCGGCCUCUUUGGCAAGAAGGAGAUGCGCAUCCUGAUGGUCGGACUCGAUGCCGCCGGUAAAACAACGAUUCUCUACAAGCUCAAGCUGGGUGAAAUUGUCACUACCAUUCCCACAAUCGGCUUCAACGUCGAGACUGUCGAGUACAAGAACAUCUCAUUCACCGUCUGGGACGUCGGAGGUCAGGACAAGAUUCGCCCCCUCUGGCGACACUACUUCCAAAACACCCAAGGUAUCAUCUUCGUUGUGGACUCGAACGAUCGUGAACGUGUAUCUGAGGCGCGCGAAGAGCUGCAGCGCAUGCUGAACGAAGACGAGCUGCGCGACGCUCUGCUGCUCGUAUUUGCCAACAAGCAAGAUUUGCCAAACGCGAUGAACGCGGCAGAAAUCACGGACAAGCUCGGCUUGCACAGUCUGAGGCAGCGCCAGUGGUUCAUCCAAGCGACUUGCGCUACCAGCGGUGACGGUCUUUACGAGGGUCUCGAGUGGCUGUCCACCAACCUCAAGAAGCGUGGUUAAGCAACUCGAGGCACAAGAGUUGCAUAAAGGGGACAUGGAAUGCGAAGGAGAGUUGCUAUAUGGCGAUGCGCAUAGGGGAGAAGAUGGAGGAUGACAAGGUGGCGUGCGUCGCGAGCGGAAGCACUGUGAGAGAAGGUUGAUUAUCCAAUUGCUUCUUGGAGGAGACGGAAUGGUCUACUAGGUGUGUUGAGAGAGCUAUAUCGCGUCCAAUUGUGUCCGAUCGUGCGCAUCUCGGUCACGCCAUCUCGCACCUCUACUCUUCCUGAAUCUUGCUUUUGCGACUCUCCCUCCCUCACGAUCUUCGCAUCUUUGCUCCCCGUCGCGAUCAAUGCACCUGCCUACGCAUCCUCCGCUCCGCUUCUCAUCCUCCUUUCCCCCCAUCAUCUUUCUUUCUCCUUUUCCUUCGAAGAAAAUAUCUCCUGUUUUUACGAAAUGAAAUGUUGAAGUGGCCAAAAGAUCUUACUUCGAG